AUGAUGCUUUUUAUAAUACUUUUCUGUUGUAUUAUAAUUCCAAUCAAUACUAUAUUGGAAAAUGCUUUUUGUUCAUUAUCUUCAUCAAAUGAAUUAAUAAUUCAAAAUAUUCCAACAACCUAUGAAUUAAAUGUACCUUAUACAGUUAUUCUUUCUUCGAAUAACACUCUUUCAUUAUCAUAUAUAACACUCGAUAUUGAUACAGUUUUCAAUACAAGCAAUGAUUCUUUAUGUGUGUUAACAAAUGAAUCAACUUCAGCAUUUAUUCAUAAAAUUGAAUUUGUAUUAAAAUUUGAUAAAAACUCAACAAAAACAAAAUGCAUUCAAUUGAACUUACAUAAUUAUCUAACUUCAAUGGUCAUAAAAAUCGCUGAUCUUUGCACAAAUAAUACUACAGAUAAAAUAAUUGAUAAUGAUGAUAAAUAUGAUGUACAAUCAUAUAUGAGAACAAUAAAUACAACUGAAUUAGCUUUACUAGACAAUUUCAAUUGGUUAAUCUUUGGACCAGUUGUACAACAAAUCUGGUAUACACAUGAAGGUAUGCGUUUAAGUCGUGAAUGUGAUGCUGCAGAGGAUGGCCGUGUUGCUAUAUUCAAUAAUCCAAGAGGUAAACGCAGACUGAUUUCUCGUCCAAUUGAUGUAACAAAUGCAUCGUUACUUUAUAUACGACUUGGGAGUGGAACAUGUCCACCACCUGCACCUACAGAUUCACCAAUUCAAUUAUUAAUAACGACAGAUUGUUUGAAUUAUACAAAAUGGCAUAUGAUUUAUUCACAACGAAUUUUACCUGGUAUUGAGUAUGUUACUGUACCAUUUUCAUUAAAUAAUAUAACAAAUUCGACAACUAUAUGUUUAAAAAUUGAACAAAAGGGUGAGAAAUUUCUUGGUAGUGGUUCUUGGUUUAUUGAUGAUUUAUUAAUUAUUCGAUCUCGUUUACAAAAUGAUUAUUUUUUCGAUUCAUUUCAAGCAAUGCAACCUGCAAAUUGGCAUCGUUUAGCUGGUGGUCAAUUAAAGACAUGUGAUGAACGAAUGAGUAUGGUUUUUGAAUCAAAUAUUGAUAUUCGAACAGAAAUCGGUGCUACAACAAUUGAUUUUUCUCUAUCGGAAGAAAUUAAGAAUGAUCAUGAUAUUAUUUUUCAUCUUUCAAAAAAUACAUCAAUCGAUUGGACAAAAUGGAAAGCUACUGGUUAUUUAGAUUUAAAUCAAACAUGUACUGAUGAAGAUGUAAUUACAUUUAAUGGAGAAAAUUAUCGACAAAUAUGUUCACCAAUGAUUGAACUUGGUCAAAUUGAUAGUAUUCGUUUUACGAUAUCAACAGAACCAUGUAUGAAACGAAAUAAACAUAUUCCAACACCAGGUGCAGUUAUAUUUCUAUCUGUUGUUUAUAAUGGUUCAACUAUUGGUUAUUCAAGAACAAUACGUCGAAUAUCAUUACGUGAUAUACAGCAAACUCAUAAAACUUUUUAUAGUCGUUUGAAUGAAUUACGUCAUAGUGCAGCAACAUUUGGUCGUAUUUGUUUAUCACAAUAUCAUCAAUCAUCAGGAAAAAAUGUUGAUGUAUGGAGUGUAAGAGAUUUUAUAGCAUUACCUCUAUUACAAUCGAAUAUUACUCAUUAUAUUCAAUUGGGUUUAAAUACAAAUUGUCAUUUACAACAACAACAAUUAAUAAAUGGUGGAAUGGGAAUAUCAAGUGAAAGUGUUAAUAUUGAAUAUUCCGUUGAUUUUGGAAAAAAUUGGCAUUUAUUAUUAAAACCAUGUUUUCUUGAUUCAGCAUGUCCACAUAAUGUACAACAUGUUUAUUCUUCAAACAUUAUUUUGCCAACAAUUGGAUGGCAUCGUAUAACAUUACCUUUACCUAUGGCAAUAUUACAACAAGAAUAUACACGUUUUCGUAUUAGUACUUCAUUAUUUUCUAUGUCAUCUUAUUCAACAAGUAACUCUUGGGCACUUGACAAAGUUUUUAUUGGACAAUGUUUUCGAGCUUGUAAUGGACAUGGAUGGUGUCAAUUCAAUACAUGCAGAUGUGAUGCGGGUUUUUCUGGCGAUUUCUGUGAGAUAAGCAAUGAAAUAUUAUUCAAUCAUGCGUCAUUUCUAAUCGAUAAUAAUAUAAAUCAAACAAAUGUCAUGACUUAUCAAGGUGGUCGAUUUAGUUAUGUAUGUGAUAUUAUUUCUCAAGGAAAAUCAUUAGUAUUUUCUAAAACUGGUUUUCGAUUUUUACGAAUAUCAAAUAUAAAUGGUAGUUCGCCAAAAUUACUUGAAUUCACAAUACGUCUUGGUAGUUCUAAUGUCCAAUGUUUAGGAACAAGUAAAACUGAUCUUGAUCGUGAUAUAAAAUCAAUUUUAUUAUUAUCAUCAUGUUCAAAUGGUGUUCAUUGGACAAUUAUUGAUCUUUUUCGUAUAUCAGAUGUCCUAGCGCCAGAUUUUGGAACAAUUAGUCGAAUUUUAUUUAAAGAAAAAAUGGAAAGUGACAAUUGUCUUAUUGAAUGGAGACAAAUGAUACAUGGAGGUGAUAAUCAAGAUGUUUGGGCUAUUGAUGAUAUUAUUAUUCGAGAUGUCAUAUCAACAAAAUCAAUUAAGAAAAAUGCACAUGUUAAAACUUUUCAAACAAAACUAACUUAUAUUCGACCAGGAUAUAUUCUUAGUUUUCGAUUAGAACCAAUUAAUCGAAAAGAAUCAAAUAUAUUAUUUGAUUUAAAUGACAUUCGUCUUCGAAUAAAUUCAAGUCAAAUAGAUCUUUCGAAAAAUAUGGAGAUAUUUUCUUAUCAUUCAGAAAAUUUAACAUUAACAUUAAUUAUUAAACUUCCACGGACAAUUUGGUUUAAAAAUGUUUUAUUAAAUUUAACAACUGCAACAACGAAAAAAUUUGAUUUGAAUUUCAUCCAUUUGGGUGUUCAAUGUGAAAAUAAUUGUUGGCUUAAUGGAAUUUGUUAUGAAGGAAUGUGUUUACAUGACGAACAAAUAUUGUCUAAUCAAUCUAUAAAUGUAUCAUUCGAUGAAGAGGAUUUAAUGAAUUUCAGAAUAAAUAUAGUUGAUGAUGAAUUACUUCUUCCAUUUUUUGAUACAACUGAUGUAUCAACUAUACAUUUUCAAACGAUGACGAGUAAAUCAAAAAAAAAUAAUCUUUUAUUUGAAUGUUCACCAAACGGUGGUGUUAAAUGGUUUGAACUUGGAUUGUGGGUAGAAGAAAAAGAGAAUGCAUUGAAAGAUCAUUAUGUCUUAUUACCUGCUUCAUGUCAAGCAAAGCAUACAUUAUUACGAUGGAAAAAUUCAUCUAUUCGAAUAGUUAAUUUAGCAUUUGUUAAAUCACAAAUUCAAGAUUAUUUGAUGGAUCAAUUUCAAGAAAUUGAUUCAUCGAAAUGGCUUUAUCCAAUAUAUUCAAUUAAUUCAUCAGGAUUGUAUACAAAAAAAAUUCAAAAUAAUUUCUAUCAAUUAAUUUCAACAGCUAUUACUUUAAAACAACGUGAUUAUGUUAUUAUGAUUGAUACUGAUUCAAAUAUGAAUAAUACACAUUUACAAGUUGAUUAUUCAGUUGAUAAUAUUACUUGGCAUGAAUUGAUUGACAGACGUAUUUUUCAACGAAAACUAAAUCGUUUUGGACGACAAAUUCCAAGUGAACUUCUUCGACGUUCAAUAUUAAUACGACUUCAAAGUGAUCAUUCAUUUAUUUUAAAAUAUAUUUAUAUGGGUCCACCAUGUACGGCAAAUUGCUAUGGACAUGGUCAAUGUCUUUGGAAAAAACAGCAAGCUAUUUGUCAUUGUGAUAAUAAUCAAACUUCUGAAACAAAUUGUUUACCAAAUCAUUUACUUUUAUCAAGUUUACAUGAAACAUUUGAAAAUAAAAUAAAUUCUUCAAUAUGGUCAAUAUCUCCUGAUGUUCAAAUAACACAUCGAUGUUAUAAUCGACAAAGUAAAACAACACCAUAUCUAUGUUUUGUACCAAAUAAUCACACUCAACAAUCUUAUGUUACGGUUGGACCAUUUAAAACUAUAAAGUAUGUCAUAUUCAAAUUUGGUUUACAAUAUAUUAGUUCAACAAAUUGUUCAAAUCAAGUAUUAUUUCAAUAUUCAUAUGAUAAUGGUAUUCAAUGGCAUACGAAAAUGAUAUUAGACGCGACAAAUAAUAUAUUUGAAAAAUUUGAUAAUUUAACAAUAAAUAAAAAUAUUUAUUUGAGAUGGAUUGAAGAAAAUGAUCAAUCAUGUUUAAUGUGGAAUAUACGUUCAGUUAGUAUUCGAACUAUAGAUGAUAAAAAUAUCUGGUGUGAAAAUAAUUUAAAUAUUGAACAGAAGAAUAAAAUUGAUUAUGAAGCACAAACAUGGGAAUUUCCAUUGAUUCAAUCAAGUUCAAUACUUCAAUUUAGUUUACAAAUGUUUCCAAUAAAACUGACAAAUGAUACUAAUUGGCAAUUAGUACUUGAAAUUAGUUCAGAUGUUAUACAUGGCUGGUCAAAUUGGAUAUCUUUAAUACCUUCAUGUAAUCAAACAACAAUCUAUUGUGAAGAUAAAAUAGGUUCAACAGGAUCUUUAUUUCUUGCUCAUUUAUAUAAAAAACAAAGAAAUAUUACAAUUCCUAUACCAGAUAAUUAUGUAAAUCAAGAAGUUCGUUUUCGAUGGAAAGCAAAUCAAUCUAAUGCACGAUUUAUAAUUAAUAAUGUAUAUGUUGGAGCUGAUUGUCCAUGGUUUUGUUCAGGUCAUGGUAUAUGUCAAUCAAAUGGUUGUCUAUGUAAUUAUGGUUAUGCAUUACCAUAUUGUUCACCUGAUCCUUUAAUUGUUCUCAAAAGUGAAAUAUUAUCAAAUGAACUGAAUUCUAAUCUAUCUGUUUGGUCGGAAACAUGGGGAUAUGAAAAAUGUUCGCCCGAAGAUCAACGAUACGUAUUUUCACAAGCAGGUACUCGUGGUUUAAUCAGUCCAGAAUUUUCUUUAGUUGACGUACAAUUUAUUCGUAUUCAAUUGGAUACAUGUUUCAAUCAUACUGAUAUAUUUAUUGAUCCAAUAUCAGUACAAAUCUCAAUAAAUAAUGGUAUUUUAUGGAGAACAUUAAUGACUAUCAUCUAUCGUAAAGAAUUACCUGAUCAACCAUGGCUUAUUGAAUUACCCGAUGAUAAUGCAUUACAAUUUCAUUUAGUUCGUAUUCGAUUAUUUCAACGUGUAACAACAAAAUGGACAUCAAAUUGGAUACUUAAGAAAUUUGAAAUAAUACCACAAAAAUUACCUUAUCAAUGGAUUAGUAAUCAAUCUUCAUCAAUAAACACCUGCAAUUAUGAACAUUAUAUAUUUCCUUAUGAAAUCUAUUCAACUAUUGAUAUACAAUUAAAUGAUACAUCGUUUUUAACAUUUCAAUUAGAUCGUAAUCCUUGUACGAAUGGUUCUCUCGUUACAUUGAAUCAUUCACAAUUUAAUCUUGAAUUGUCUAUUGAUUAUGGUCAAACUUGGUCAUCAAUCGAUCGACCAUCAACAAUUGCUUCUAAUACGAAUGAUAUAAUCAUAACUCAACCAUUACGUGCAAUAAAAAAUAUCUUUUAUUUACCAUUACAUACCUAUUAUCCAAAAUUGAAAUUUCUUCGUAUUCGUUGGUUAGCUCCUAAUUCAACUGUUGCUAAUCGUUGGCAAAUAAGAAAUGUAACUGUUCGUUCAGAAUGCGAAAUCUUAUGUGAAAUAGAAUCAUGUAAUGGAAAAUGUAAUUGUUUGAAUAAGACGAAUUGUUCGAUAUCAUCAACAAAAACAACAUUUUAUGAAAGAUUUAAUAGUAGUAUAUCAGAUUUAAUUAUUUUACCAUCGUUAAAUCUUCAAUCAACUAGAUUUAUUGAAUUUGAUAUUCAUACGAACUGUAAACAAAAUAUUCCAAUAAUAUCAUUAGAAUAUUCUCGUAAUAUGGGUUUAAGUUGGCAAUUAUUUAAAUAUUAUAUAUUAAAUAGAAAUCAAUCAUAUAAAUUUCAUGAAGAUUUUAUUGAUGAAAUGAAGUAUGAUUAUAUCGUUAUUCGAUUUGUUUCGUCAACAUGUUUAAAAAUUGAACAAAUUAUUGUUAGUGGUUCAAUUACUCGUCGAGAAGGAAUCUAUGGAAAAUUUAAUCAUUUAAAUAAUUUUAAUUCAAAUUUAUUUAUUUCAUUUGGUAAUGGAAUAUUUAAUGGAACAUAUCUGAUAUUUCCAGCAAUAAAUAAUUCAACAAUGAAUGAAAUUAUUACAGAUGAUUUGAAUAUAUUUGAAAAUAUAUUUUAUAUUCAAUUAAGACUUGCUCCUUUAGCAUACAAUCGAUGCAUAAAUAUUCAAUUUUCGUUUUCAUCGGAUUAUGGAUAUACUUGGCAAUCGAUUGAUCAUGAUGAUGUAUUACUAUAUGAUGAUAAUCAUUUACAACAAUCAAAGAUUUCUACAUGGAAAAUAACAUCAAUGAUGAUAGGAUCAAAUCAAGUUCGUUUUCGUAUUCGUUUCGAUGAUGGAUCAAUAUCAUCCGAUGACGAACAAUUACUCAUAGGUAUUUCUGAAUUGUAUAUCGGUUCAAACUGUAUCAAUGCUUGUAAUGGUCAUGGAAUGUGUUUAAAUAAUGGUCAAUGCAGAUGUAAUUCCAAUUGGACAAAUAAUGAUUGUAGUCGUUCAACGAUUCAUUUUCCAAAUGAAUUAGAUAUUCUUAAACAUAAUUAUUAUACAAGUUAUGGUUCUAUACAUCAUAUAAAAUGUGGUAGAGUUUUUAAUAAUACAUGUAAACGAGAAUUUGAAACGAAUUAUAUAAAUAUUAAUCAUAAUCAUACAUAUGUUUACAUUGAACUUGAUGAUCAAUGUAUGUCAAAAAUACAUAGUCGAAAAAAUGGUGACAAUUGGAUUCAUCUACAAUAUCGAGAAAUAAAUUCACAUCAAUGGAUUACUUUACAUACAUUUAAAGGUUAUGAAUUCAAUAUAACUAAAUUAUUACCAUCCGUUAUUCUUCAACUUCGACUCAUUGAAAAUUUCCCAGUAAAUGAUCGAUCUGCAUGGUCAAUCGAACAAUUUCAUAUAUUUCAUAUUCAUACGAAAUUACAAUGGUUUUCUCCAACAAAUACAAAAUGGAAUUCAACAUUUUUAGAAUUAAUAAAUUCAACUAAUAAUAUUCUAUACGAAACAAAAGAUGUUUAUUUUAAUGAUAAUUAUAUUUUACAAAUUGAAUUUAAUUGUACGAAUAAUAUUCUUCAAUAUUCAUUAGAUCUUGGUUUAAAAUGGUUAGAUAUUUCAAAUGAAAAUCAAUUACAAUUUAUACCAAUUAAAUUUCAUUCGGAAAAUAUGACAUUCUAUCGUUUAACUAUUCCAUUUAAUUUAUUUACAAAUCAAAAUAAUUCGAUUCGUUUUCGAUUAAGAUUUUCAUCGGAAUGUAAAGAUAAUUAUCUUCAUUAUAUAUACAUAGGAAAUAAAUGUUUAAUGAAUUGUUUUGGUCAUGCACGUUGUAUGAAUGGAGAAUGUCAAAUGAAUAAUUCAAUUCUUCCUCUAGUUGAUUUUCGAGAAUCAUUUGAAAAAAAUUUUAAUGAUAUAAAUUGGUUACAAUUAGAAUCCUAUAAACAAAAAACAAAUAAAAUUCUAUGGACAACAAUAGAUCGACAAGCUAUUACUCGACCAAUUGAUUUAAGACCAAUGCGUGCAAUUAAAUGGACGUAUUAUUUCGAACAGAUUCCUAAAACAUGUCAGACUUCGAUUUAUUUAUUAAUAUCAACUGACGGGACAUUGACAUGGUCAAUUCUUCAUCAAUUUGAUGUAUCAAUAAAAAAUAUGAAUACAUCUGUUGAAAUUGAAGCAAUAAAUACAAAAUAUUAUACAGGACAAUUUCGAUGGUUUCAACCCUAUUCUUCUAAAUGUCAUAAUUUAACUUGGGGUCUUUCGAAUAUAAUAUCAAUUAAAUCAAUUAAUAUCUACUUUUUAACUGAUUAUUUCUAUACGGUAUCAUCAUCACGUUCUAAUUGGGAAACAAUUAAUGGUGCUUUACUUGCUCAACCUGAUUCCUGCAAUAAUAAUUUACCUACUUUUAUCUUUAAUGAAAGUUCAUUUUCAGUAAUUACCGUACCUAUUCUUAUACAAUCAUAUUAUGUUCUUGUUUUUCAAUUUAAUAGUGAAUGUAAUCGAAACAUUAAAAUAUUACAAUGUCGUAAUAUAACAAAUAGGAUUGAAUAUCGAACUGACUCAUUAACAAAAUGGAUCAAACUUGUUGAUAUGUCUGAUAUAGCAUGUCGAACAAGUUUAAUUAAUGGCGGUUAUUUUAAUAUGCAUACAAUUAAAUUACCAUAUGAAACAUAUUCAAGGUAUGAAAUAUUAUUAGUUUAG